AUGACCUUCCCAAUCCCACCAGAGCCCAAAACCGAGCUAGGCCGCUACCGCGUCCUGGCUGGGACAGCGGGUGUGAGAGUGUCGCCGCUCGUGUUGGGGGGUAUGUCCAUCGGAAAGUCGUGGGCCUCAUGGAUGGGGGCCAUGGAUGAAGAGCAAUCUUUCAAACUGUUGGAUGCCUAUGCCGGUGCCGGUGGUAACUUUAUCGAUACUGCCAACAACUACCAAAAUGAGGACUCUGAAGUGUAUAUAGGGAAUUGGAUGUCUGCUAGAGGUAACCGAGAUCUUAUGUUUGUGGCAACCAAGUAUACGAAUGAUUUCCGUGGGUGGGAUAUUGGUAUGGGGAAAACCGUUAACUAUGCUGGAAACCAUAAGAAGUCUUUACGGCUAUCUAUUGAGGCUUCGCUCCGCAAGUUACAGACAAGCUACAUUGACUUGCUCUAUGUGCACUGGUGGGAUUGGACAACCUCAAUCGAAGAGCUGAUGGAUUCACUCCAUAUUCUUGUUGAACAAGGCAAGGUCCUCUAUCUCGGUAUAUCCGAUACUCCAGCCUGGAUCGUCUCGGCGGCCAACACCCACGCGAAGGCGCACGGGAAAACACCUUUCUCUGUAUAUCAAGGCCGCUGGAACCUGAUGCUUCGGGAUUUCGAGCGAGAUAUCAUUCCGAUGGCACGGCAUUUCGGUAUGGCAUUGUGUCCUUGGGAUGUCCUCGGUGGCGGUCAGCUGCAGACGAAGACACAACGCGUGGCUCGUCAAAAGUCUGAUUCGACUGGUCGUGGUAAUCAGCAGAGUGAAGAGGCACGCAGAGUUAGCGAUGCGCUGGAAAAGGUGGCUGCUGAGCACGGAAUCGAGGGCAUUCAACCUAUCGCACUAGCAUAUGUGAUGCAGAAGACAUCUCAUGUUUUCCCUCUAGUGGGUGGUCGGAAGGUCGAGCACCUCUACGACAAUAUCAGGGCGUUGAGCAUACAAUUGACAGAUGAUCAAGUCAAGUAUAUCGAGAGUGUUAAGCCCUUUGAUGUCGGGUUCCCACUGGACUUCAUCGGUGAUGACCCCCGGGUGACCAAACAAACACCCGAGAUGAUGCAGUCAUUGCUCGGGGCGAAGAUCAGUUGGGAUAAUGCACCGAAGGCUAUAGGACAUACUUCAUAG